GUAGAGUUGCAGCGAGAGAAUGGUCGCCUGGGACACUGAACCUCGUGCUAGGAGAAUUUAGUGGAAUAUACCCCUUAACACCAAACUUUAGCUGUGAGGAGUGAAAUCAACAAAUAGCUUGUGAAGCAGUGGUCCUGAUUCCGAUUAAUCGUCCCAUCACCGGUCCUCGGGUGACAAUCCAAAAUACAUCUGAAAUGUGCAUAUCUUCUAUGCACAAUGUAGCAUAUGCACUGUGGUUCACUUACUCUAAUUCAUUACAAGAUCCCACUCGCAGACAAUGCAGAUUUCUUGUUGAGGUUGCAGGAGUGGACACGUACACAGUUUCUUGGCUUUAAGGUGGAGCACCCCAGCCACCAUGAGUGUGAUUAUCCGGUUGCAGAAUCUGCCGUGGUCGGCCAAUGCCCUUGACAUUCGUGAAUUCUUCAAGGGUCUCUCCAUUCCCGAGGGUGGUGUACACAUCGUCGGCGGAGAACUUGGCGAUGCCUUCAUUGCGUUUAGCACGGAUGAGGAUGCAAGAUUGGCCAUGCAGAAAACAGGAUCCAGCUUGAAGGGAAUUCAGGUGACCCUGCUGUUGUCUUCACGAACAGAGAUGCAAAAGGUUAUUGAAGCUGCCCGUCAGCAGGCCAUGGCACUCCAAGGAUACAUGGCACCCACAGUUAUCCCAACACAGGCACAACCCCCUCCAGUUCCUACAGUUCCUCAGCUGCCACAGGCUCCUGCACCUACUUUGCAACACCAACAGCUUCCUGGACAUCCACCAUUUCAAGCACAUACACAAGUUGAAGCACAACAACAAAUGGCCCCCCAUAUUACUUCACAUAUUAACUCUCCUCCAAAUCAACCAAACUUGCAGCAAGCACCACCUAUGACAAUGCCCCCCUCUACUCUCCCUCCUCGCACUCCUUCACAAAAUCCAUCCCAUACCCCCUCCCACAUUCCAAGCCCAACUACAUCUAGUGGUCCCCAUAAUUCUCAUGCUGCUAACGACUCACAAGCUGCUGUUCAUUCCAAUUUAUCUGCAAAUAACACUGAAAGAAAGGAAGAGAAAAAGUCAUCAUCAACUUCAUCAUCCAAGAGGGAUACCAAAGGACGUGAUAGUAGGAGACGUAGAACAAAGUCACGCAGCAGAACACGUUCAAGGUCCCGUGAUAGAGAUCGUCGUCGACGCCACAGAACCAGAUCGAGGUCUCGCAGUCGUGAUCGUAGUGGCCGUAGUCGUAGACGUACUAGAAGCCGGGAGCGUGACCGUGGCAGAGAUAGAAAUCGUGACCGUGACCGUGACAAGGAGCGUAAUAUCCGUGUUGGACGUGACCGCAGUGACAGAUUUAGUCAAGAAAAUAACGAGAGUGUGUCUGCUCCACUCGAACCACCUAGCAGAGAUAUUACCAGUAGUGGUGCAGAAGGAAUACCAGGCCUGGGUGAUAUUCCUAGUGCCAGUAUGAGAGGACCUUUACCAAGUCUCUCAGAGCCCAUCAAAAACUCUCCCAUCCAAACUCCAUCACCUGCCCCAACCCCAGCAUAUAGCUCAGCACAAUCAUUUAAUCCUGUGCCAUCAUACAAUACAGCACCACCACCAUUCAGCUCUAUACUACCAUUUAGUAUUGGAAAUAUGAGUAUUCCUCCUCCCUCCAUACCUAUGUCAAGUAUGUCAAAUACUUUCAAUGAACCAAUGGACACAGAGCCUGCGGAUGACCAUCCAAUUAUUGUAGAAGGCCCUGGAAGUUAUAUAGAUUCCAGACAGAUGCCUGGAAAGUCAGGUAUUCAGAGAAAUGAAGGUAUGGGUGGACUCUUGAGAGGCCCUGGGGAUGGGUUACCAAGAUCUGACAUUAAAGGUCUGUUAGGUGAUGGUCCAGGUGAAUUGCCUUAUGGAGGCAAUGGCAGGGGAAUGUCUCACAGGAACAAUGAGAGCUUUGGAUUCCUUGGGCAUUCAAGGAAUCGCCCACCUCCAAAUGAACCAGAAAAUGAGUACAACAUAGAUCAGUUUGAUCGAGUCCGACCUGAACCUUCUCAAAGAGGGUGGGAUUCCAAGGAAGGGAAAGAUACAAUGAGCAGUAGCAAACAAAAAGAAUUUAGAGAUGAUAAGGAGUCCAGAGAUCGAAGUAGUUUUAGGUCAGAAAUGGAUACAAGAGAAAAUAGAAGUGCUAGAGAAGAAAGACCUCCAAAGGAUCUGAAAGAAGCCCAUGAAGGUUCCCAUGAUGACACAGAGAGACUAGGAGGUUGGGAAUCUCGAAGUAAACGGGACCCUCAUGACCGUGGGACUCGUUGGGAAGCUGUUGAUAGGCGUGAUGAUACUGAUGAAUCAUCUAGCUGGAGCACACGGGGUAGGCGUGAAGGUUGGAAUGGGCGGGAAGAAGAAAAUUGGACAGGUAGGAACAGUGGAGAUAAGCAUGAAAAUUGGAAUGAAAAAGAUAAUUGGAAGCAUGAUCCUCAUAACUGGGAUGAAGAAGGUUAUUAUCACCGAGAUCAAGAUAGACAUGGUGAAGAACAUGAACGUUAUAGUGAUGCAUACAGCUAUCGAGGUUAUCGAAGUAGAGUACCACGUGGCAUGGAAAGAGGACGUAUUAGCCGAGGUGGACGAGGCUUUAAUCCACGCUUUAGUGGAUAUCAAGAGGAAAGUCAUGAAGAUGGUUAUAGCUAUCGUGGAGGAUAUAGAGGACGUGGGAGCUACCGUGCUAGAGGUGGUACCUAUAACUAUAGAGAAGGCAGCUCAGAAUGGGGAGAAGAAAGUACAUGUUGUGUAGAAAUUCGCAAUACACCUGUAAAUGCAUCUUACCGUUCUGUGCGUGACCUUUUCCAUGGUAUCUUUGUUCCAAAAACAGGCAUUAAACUUUUAGUUGAUGAACAAGGAAAUCGAAAAGAUGUUGCACUCUUGCAGUUUUCGCAACCUCGAGAUGCAAUAAGGGCUCUUAGAUUUUCUGGUAAUUACAUAUUUGAUAAUAAAGUUGAAGUUGUUCUUAUUUCUGAGUCCAAAUAUGAGACUGCAAUGGAUGUUAAUAAAAUGAAAGGGAGCAAAUCACAUCCCAGUAAUAGACCUCCAGGUUCAUCUGAAGAAAAACAAUCAUGGACAAACAGCACAUGUGUAUGUGUAUCAGGCCUCCCAGUGGGAUGUACUGAUCAUGAUGUUGGUCAAAUGUUUAAUAAUUUUAAAAUUGAAGACAUUGUCUUGGAAAGAGAGAAGGGAACCCGUCACCCAUCUGGCCGUUGUUUUGUGCGGCUAAACACACCAGAAGAAGCACAACAAGCUGUUGAAAGCUUGGCUGAUGCUUCUAUUGAUGGAAACCCUAUUACUGUUGAAAUAUGUCCAAAUGAUGCAAUGAUACCUGCUGUUAGAGACAGAGACUUGAUUCAAAUUCAAAGUGGCAGUCAGUCUGGGAAAUCUCAGCCAGGCCAAACUGUGCCUCAAAAGAAUAAUUCUAAACAAGAUGAAAAAAAGGUAGAAGAAAAUAAAACAGAGAACCAAAAUGGUGACGAAUCCCAAACAAAGCACCUUCCAAUGGGUGCUGACCUACUUACAGAUUCUGUAGUAAUGAAAGGAGUACCUAAGGAAGCAACAGAACCAAAUAUUCGAGACUUUUUCAGUGAUGAGGGGCUAGUACCAGAACGUGUUCAUUUUUGUGAUGCAAACUCUAAUGGAUCACAUGACGUGUAUGUUAUGUUUCCGUUGAUUGAUGAUGCACGGCGUGCUGUGGGCAAAAGCCAACAGCAACUUUGCAAAGUUAAGGUGGGAGUAGAAAUGAUAGCAAAACCUUUAGUUAUGAAUGCAAUGGGUCUCACAUUUGAUCCUCUUGAACUGAUAAGAAAAGGACAAAAAUCUGGUGCACCUACAGUUGCAGGAAAAUCAGAAAAGAGUACAGAAAAUGUAAGUGUUGAUAAAAAUCAACCAGCACAACCAAAAGAAAUUAUUGAAUCUUCAAAAGAAGAAGAGCAGCAAGAUACCCAAAAUGAAUCAUUGUGUGAUUCUGUAUCGGUUCGAGACCAAAUAAAAGAACAUCCAAAUAGUAUAGAGCAGCGAAGCUCAAAUUCUUUCUCUAGUCCAGGAGGAAUGAUUCCAGGGCCUUACAGAGGUGGACUCAUUGGACAUUUUCCAGGUGGACCACGAGGUUUUCGACCCCGCGGAGAAAUGCGAGGGAUGAGCAGAAUGCCACCAGGUAUAUCAGGACCUCGAGGACCAAAUGAUGGAUCCUUCAGCAGAAUGCGAGGCUCAUUGUCACUCUUGAGGGAUCCUAUAGAUAAAUCAAUUGAAGAAACUAUGGGUUCAGCCAUUCCUCCAGAAAAUUUUGGUAAACCAGGAUGUGUAGUGGCACUAAGCAAUGUUCCAUAUCGUGCUUCAACUGAUGAUAUCCUUGAGUUUUUCAUAGAUUUUUCAGCAUUGAGACCAGAAAAUAUUAUCAGGCGAUACAAUGAAUUUAACCAGCCUACUGCUGAUGCUCGUGUUGCCUUUCCCACCCCUCAGGAGGCUCAGCGGGCCGUGCAGUCCCUCAACAAAAAGUACAUGAGCAGCAGACAAGUAUUCCUGGCUCUUGUGACUGAGUGAAUCCUAAGUCAUUCAGACUUAAUGUAUAAUACUGUAUCUCUGUUUCCUGUGUUAAAGUCAUAAGAUCUAUGAAAAUGCUGUUGCUACUCAAUUUUUUAUUAAUAAAUUGAAGUUUAGUUAAGUUUAAUACCGUGCUGUAUAUUAUUACAGUAUGACGCACUGCAAUAUAUUUUGUACCUUUUUUUUUAAUAUUGAUUGGAAUGCACACCAGUACCUGUGGAAUUAUACAAACAGCUUAGUCGUAUGAGACAAGUUGGCAAGAGACACAAACAUCAUUAUGUACAUAGGUUAGUAUAAGUUUAAAUUCUUCUUGAGUAAUUCAGGAAUUAUAAUUUGAAAAAUAUUGAUAAGUAUUAUUAUAAUAUUUGUAUAUAAAGUAGAAUAAAGUACUUUCUUAAAAUGUGAA